GAAUGGAGAUUCAAGAUCUAGAAGGACCUCACAGGCACCUGGUGGUGGUGGUUGGGAUGCCCACCCUCUUGCUGUUGUCGGACAAGGAGCAGUGCCCCCGGCCCAGGGGUUGGGAAAUCCUAUCAGUGUCUCUGGGCUUCCCUAUAGCCAGAGUAGCAGCAGACUACCGCCUCCACCGUUUCCCGGGAUGAUGAUGAUGGCGGAAAGCCUCACUGGAGUCCCCCCAGCCCACCUGUUGACAGGGUCUAGGAUGCAGUGUAUAUAUCCGAUGCCGCGCCUCUCUGUCGCAAGGCCUCCACCACCUUCUGGAGGAAUGGUAGUUCCUCCUUUUGUACCGCUACCUCUGAUACCCCAACCGGCCCAUCCAGCGCGGACUAAGGCCCCGGCGUUUCCGUGGGGGUCGGGACUGCCGCAGGGUGGUGUGAGUAGAGGAGAUGACGAAUCGAGUGAGAUGGAUAUUGAGAGCCCUCGAUCGGUGGAGGUUGCGGGGAUAGAACCUACGAAGGUUGAGGGUAGUUCGACGGCGACGAAGGGAGCGAACCUGCUGAACUGUUUGGGUAGGGUUUCUAAGUAGAAGGAGAAGUGGAGUGGUAAAUUCAAUUGAGAUGGGCUCGUCCUGUUGGUCGCGGCCAUAGUACCUUAUGUACCAUUUCGCGGGGAUUUGGCAAAGGAGUGGUACGGAUGAUGAUAAUGAUGACGACCAAAUCAUACGCAGUUACAUUACCUUCAUAUCACUAUUAAGUAUCAUUAACGUUGAUUAUCAAAAUCAUCGCCUCGGCCACUCGCUGGCGAUAUCGUAUCUUAUUUGUG